GCGGAAGUGCUGCACCUGUUGAUGUGCUCUUGUGUGACUUCACCGCCCCAAAACACCUGAAACUUCCAGCACUUAGGAAGCUUCUGGAAAUUUUAGAAGCGUUUUAUCGCCUUUAUUGAAGAAGAAAAGGAGUCCAUGGAUAAAUUGAAGAAGGUUUUGAGCGGGCAGGAUGAUGGGAACGCAGAUGGGAGCGGCAUACUGGAGAGAGCCAAUCAGGCAUCGACCCUGUCCUGGGGGACACGGGUGAAGGGUUUCCUGAUCUGCUUCGUUUUAGGAGUCGUGUGCUCCAUCCUGGGUACCUGCUUGUUGUGGGUCCCUGGCUUUGGUCUCGCUGUGUUCGCUGUCCUCUACAGUCUGGGAAACAUCUGCGCUCUGUCCAGCACCAUGUUCCUGAUGGGUCCAUGCCGGCAGCUGAAGACCAUGUGGGCUAAAGAGCGAGUGCUCGCCACCAUCAUCAUGCUGGUGUGUCUGGUGCUGACGCUCUGUGCUGCGUUCUGGUGGAAGAACAACGGCCUCGCUCUGCUCUUCUGUAUCCUGCAGUUUCUGGCCUUCACCUGGUAUGGCCUCUCAUACAUCCCAUUCGCCAGAGAUGCCAUCAUAAAAUUAUUCUCACUAUGCAUCUAGGAAGCCCCGCCCUGUUCUUCCACCCCUCUGAGUCACUAUCUGUCUGACCAAUCAGGACACAGGAUACUUAAUGGUGGUAGUGGUGCGUUUAUGUUAGGCUUUUGUUAACAGUUUAUAAUGCAGCUGGAGAGUUCACAGUGCCUGAAUUUCUUUAAUUGGUUUCUAUUUAUUUUCAGCAGUAAAGUAACAGUUUAUUAGAGCAUCUAAUGCGGCUGUACGCAGAUCUAAGUGUUCACUCACUGAACGAACAUUAUUCUCAGAAUGAACACAUUAACACUUUAAAGCAUUAAUUAAAGAAUUAAUAUUUUCAUUAGAAAUUACAAACUAAUUUAGAAGUAAACAAAUGAUCAGAACAGGUUUCUAUUAUCACUUGAACUAUUCUCUUAAGUGAAUAAUUAUCAAACUGUUUUGGUAGAGCUGGACGUCUGGGUUUGAGAUCAAAAUAUGACAGUUUCACUUUGUUUAGCAAAUUAGUCAACAGAAAUCAAUGAUUUUAAUCAUCAGUAAAAUAUUUGAGUAAAUCUUUUUAAGCUAAAAUAUGAGAAAAAUCACCUAAACAUGAUUAAACUGUGUAAACUUUAUUAAUCUUUGCUUUUGGGGGGAUAUUAUGUAGAUAAUCAUAUUACUAAUAAUUCAAACAAUCAAAACAGGCAGUAAACCCCUUAUAAAUCUUUUAUUCUAAUAUAGAGUAAAGGACAUAUACCAAAUGUCUACUGCAGAGGCCAGGGUUUGAGUCUGACCUGCUCUCCUGACAAUAAAGACUUGAAGACAAAAAUAAAUGUUUAUUUAAAAAAUAAAAACUCAAGAAGAAACACUCAGUAUUUUCUUACAUGAGUUUAAAAUUUAGUGAAGCAGCUGCAUUAGUAUGUGAGAUAAACCAGGUCCCACAUGUUUCUCUUCUCAUUUUAAUAUUGAUUUGAAGUGUUACUGAUGUUCACAUCUUCCUGUUUUGUUUGUUUGUUUGUUUUUUGUUUUUUUGUUUUUUGUCCUAAAAUUUCAAUUUCCCUGAAGUUGUUAUCACAGCACUUUCCAACUCAAUAUCUGUGGCAAGAAGUCAUUACAUACAUUUGAACAAAUUAACAUUUCAGGUGCAGUAUGGUUUUGUUGAUUCAGCUCAUCUGAUUCCCAUCUUAAGUUUUCCAUUCACAAAAAGACCAUUGCGAGAUAUUUAGUUUGAAUUUCUACUGGCAAGUCUCCAGGGGGCGAUGCAGAUUUGAUUUUUAAAUUUUUUUGGCUUCAGUUGCAAGAAAGAAACAAACUCUGGCCUGUGGAAGCUCGUUUCCAUAACUGCAAAAAAAACCCCAAAAACCUCACAGGCAGCUCUAAGUUAUUAUUUCAAAAUCUAGAGUUGCAUAUUUUUAAAUUUCAACUUCUUAAUGAGCUGAAAUUUUGACUUGCAAUUAAUUUUCGAUUUAUUAAUAAUUUAUUUUUCAGUGUUGAAAACAAGCUUCCAUAGUGGCCACGACUGUGUUCAGGAGCAUCAAAUGUUAGGUACUCGUUGCUGUGUUUCCAGCACAGCUGCACAUAAACGGAUCAGCGUUCUGUCGCCACACGGUGUGCGCUCACUUUUUCUUUAGAUCAUUUUACUUUUUAAAUGGACGUUUUGCCUAAAAGUCAAAGUGUUUUCUUCUUUACUGUAAUUUGUAUAUUUUAUUUUUUGCGGGAUUACAUGAUUUUAAUACCAAAUCUUGGUCAUAGAGUUUCAUGUGUUAGAACAAACCUUUUCUCAGGUGAAAAAAACCAUAAUCUCUUUUGUUUCGUCUCACUUUGAACUUGGUUAUCUGCUUCUUUUUAAAUUGGUUUGCACAUUUUUCCUCAUCCAAGAGUGAAUGCUUUCAUAUUUAUCCUCUAGACUUUAUUUAAGGAGCUGCUUUCUUCGUCCACGCUUUCAUUCAUUUGAGUCAUUCCCAGAUUCAAAUCUGGACCCGGAGUUUGCAGAUAUAACAGCAGUCCAACAUUUAAUUUUAUUUCAGUGUGGACGAGGAAACAAUGCUUUCAUUGAAAAAGAGUUAAAAUGACUUAAAUCCACUCUCCAUUAAAUUUUUCCAGAUGUGUUUUAGUUUCAUUGAGAUUUGGAACGGCUGUUUUUGGGUUUAUCCACCCUUCAGAAUUUAGUUUUCCUAAUUUGUGUUGCCUUACAGACGGUCAUUUAGUCCUUUUAACCACACUACAAAGCUGUGACUGAAAUUUAGAUGCUGGAGGCUGCUUUAAACACUGGUCAUGGAUUUCAUGGUCCUCUCCUGCUUUUCUUUUUUUUUCUGUUCCAUGACAGCGUCAGACCCUCAUAAUAAAUAUGGCUGAAGUUUCAAAUAAUGACAUAGACCUAUGUAAAAGUAAAGACUUUGACAGCUAUGAAUACUUUGUUUUCUAACAAUACAGCUCUGGAUGUUUCCUCUUCAGGUUUAGUUUGAACUGAAUCAUGCAGAUCUACUUAAGUAGAGUCCCCGAUUUAAAUAUAGGAAUAGAGCAGAUCAGGCCACCUUUAUUUAACUUGCAUUUUCACUUUUAAAGGUUGUGAGGUUAAAAUAUUUUUAGCCGAAAUGUUUUAGUGCAACUUUAACUCUUUAAAUAUAUGUAAACUGUAUUUGUGUUUUGUCCGUAGGCAGAAUAACUG